AUGAUAUUUUAAAAGUGAAAUAACAAGUUAAAUAUAUAAAUUAACUAUGUGUGUUGUUGUAAACAUUGAAUUUGUAACAAUGAGGACUAGUGAAGUGCAAAGUUAAAAAUUAUCGUGCCGAAUAAAGGAUGGGUAUAUUCAUGGAAAUCAAAGCCAAUUUGGUCACUGCCAGUUACCGGGGACGUGGUGCUGAGCCGCAGCUAUAUGACACAAUGAAUGCGCCCAGGGAUGCCUUCUACUCAGACACGCUGCAUACCAUUGCUAUAAAUACUAGGGAAACAGAAUUUGGCAGUAUAGUUGAGCCUAUCCCUAUUAUGCUAAAGACUUAUCAACAAUUUCAACCAAACGGUCACAAUAUUAACGGCUAUGGACACCCGCAUCCGGUAAUAGCUUCUCUUAAUUCUGCACCACUGUCACCGACGGUCGAAAGUCCGGUUAAAGAAGAAGCGAAGGACAAGCAAAAAAUCGCAAGGCCUCCUAAAAAGAAAUGGAUCAAAGAGUAUUUGGAGGAGGAGCCGAAGUCGCCGGUGUCCGUGCGACUGACAGGAGUAUCGGUGACGCGUAGUAAUGGCGUGGUGCGGCCGACGUCGCCGGUGCCGGUGGUGCCCCCUGCGCCUGUGCCUAUCGCGCCCCUCGCGCCCCUCGCGCCGGUCCCUAUACCCGCCGUACCGCCCUCCGCGCCUCUCGACUUCGUACAAGAACAUUCCAGGUCGCGUAAUACAAACAAUAGUCAUGGACCACCACAAAUACCAUCGCCCCCAUCAGUCAGCAGUAACGGCAGCGGGAGCGGUAGCAAUAGCGGUAGCAUCGGUAGUGCGCCUCGAGCCGGAACGCGGGAGGUCCACAAUAAGUUGGAGAAGAACCGCCGAGCACAUCUUAAAGAAUGCUUCGAACUCCUCAAGCGUCAGCUGCCCGCUACACCCGACGAUAAAAAGACUUCCAACUUAUCAAUACUUGGCUCGGCUAUUCGUUACAUUCAGGUGCUUCGACGAAAGGAGCGCGAAAGCGAACACGAGAUGGAACGACUGGCUCGCGAAAAGAUCGCAGCGCAACAGCGGCUCGCCGCGUUGAAGCGAGAAAUCUCCGUUCGUGCCACAAUACGCCCAAACAGUAUUGAAGCUGUUUGCGAAGAAAAUGACAGGGACGAUCGUGUCAAUGGGCAGGUACUGGGAAUCCCUGUAAGUAUUUCUUCUUCGCCGCCACGUUCUGCAAUCCGAAUGGAUUCCUCGCCACCUCGUACACUAAACCUAAGCACGAAGCUGCGUACGUUGCCGAUACAAAUUACACCUACGACUUCACAGGUCGUGAGAACGUCGUACGGGACGAGACAUAAUACCCUUACCCUUACGACGAUUGCUCCAGCGGAUCCCUCGUUGCAGAAUGGUCAAGAUGUCAAUGGCGUAACAAAUGCAUUGAACAAUAUAAUGCAUCCAGCUCAAAUUCAUCUCCCUUUAUCCCAAGUGGUCAGUAGCGGCGGUCUUGUGGUAGGGCCGGCAGCAUUACAACUGUUGUCGGCGGGCGGUGGUCUGCGAGUACUACAAGCGCCGUCUUUUCACACCAACGGUGUAACCACUGAUAGCAAUAAGGUUUCUAAAGAAAAUGGCAUCGUGACGCCACCGCCGACGUCAACAGAAGGAAGCGUCUUGGUCGGUGGCUUGACUCCUCUCGUAGUGUCGCAGCCGGGGCAUUUAUUGCAAACGCACACACUCACACACAAGAUGGUAGAAACCCAGAUGGUGAAAGGUAGUGUGGCGCCAUUGACAGUUAGUGCGCAGUAUUUAAGCGCCACUACCAUCGUCAAACCCGUGGUGGUAGUGUCCAGUGCAUCGCCUUCCACGUGACCUCCGCGUGAAAUCUGAACGCCUAGUACACGCUCACUUUGAUAGUGCUGUUCAUUUAUUUAAAAAAUCAAGUUUUUUUGGUGUAAAAUUUUGUUUAAAAAACUCCAUAAUUUGACAAUUUACUUUAAUAGAGAAUAAAUGAAAUAUGCUAUUACAAAUUGUAUUCCGCGCAUACAUGUUAAUUCGUGAUUAUCCUGCAGAAUAAUGCAGAAUCCUGCAGAUUCACUCUCAUUGUAUUAUAAAGAUAAUUCGACAUCAUUCUUCUUCGAUAUCAAACAUUACAUUAGAAAUUAAUUAUAAAAAAUUACAAAAAAUAACACCCCGACUUAGAAUUUAAUAAUAUACAAUUGCAACAAAAUUUUACACCAAUCAUAUUAAUAUAUAUAAACAAAAAGGAUGCUUAUAUUGUAUAAAGCAUUUUCAUCAGUGCGCGAUCGAAAGUUACGUUGCGAGAUGAUUGUAAGGAACGUGUAAUCACUGCCUAAUUUACCAAGCAAUAAUUCGAUAUAUGGACUUCUCGAUUACGACACGUUAAACGAUGCGUUUUUCUGUGAAGUUCAAAUCGUUCUACAAUAGGGUAGACAGAUUUAUUUCUCGACAAUACGAUCGCCACUGACAUUAAUCUUCAGUUGAUUGCGUGAUGCGCGUACGCAGUGUUCAGUUAUUUGAGACAGUGACAGCAAAGUGAAAUGUGUGAAGGACGAUUUGCGAUGAUUUUUAUGCGUAUCAUCCGGCCAAACUGUUGAAUUAGUGUAGGUACAAUUCACUUUAUAUUUUUCUACAAAUAACAAAUUCCAUGUGAUUGUACAGAGCGCUACGAGUGUAAAGAUAUAAUUUAAUUAUUAUUUAUUUAUUUAGAGCCAGUAAAAUAGGGAGCAAAUUUUAUAUGUAUCAAAACUGGAAUAUAUUUUGGAGCCGAUUGGAAAAUAGAUAUGGUUGUAAUGAAUAUGUUCCCCAUGAUACUACUACUCCGCUCAGACAUCUAUCGAAAAUCUGUGAAUUUCUACAAAUUAUUCCUUUUAUUCGAAUAAAGUGUAGCAUUUCAUCGGAUGCCAUCUAUAAGGAGGUCUAUACAAUUAACAUACUGUAAAUAUAUUUAGAUUUAGGCUAAAAUGUACUUGUUAUGUAUAGAUUAACAAGAUAAAGUUUAUUUUUUCUAUAUAUCUGUGAUGUGUGCAGUUUAGCUACUGUAGUACUGGAAAUUCUGUACAAAGAUUCUGUCUUUAGAUGUUGUCAAUUUUUAAUAAUCGCGUGUUAUAAAUAUAAAAAGUCAAUAAAUAAGGCGUAAAUAAUUUAGGUUCAAAAUGAAUAAUGUGGCUUAUAUAUGUGAAAGAAAAACAUCAUUAUGUGAUAAGUAUAUAUGAUGAAAGUACCAGGGAUUAAUAAAUUAGAAGGCUGUGAUUCGCACAAGCGUUUCGGCUAUCCGGAAUAUGUAAGGAUAAGCUUACACUUGUCCAGAAUUGUAAGAAUUUUCAAUAAAUUAUUGUUUGACCGUCGUAAGCAAAUGCAUCAUGUACCCUGUAGUAACCCGUGCGGUUAUAUAUUCGAUGAUACUUAAAUUAUUUAAUGUCGUAUGCGACAUCAUUCAUUAUAUUAGCCGGCGCUGGGUCAGGUCCCUCGGCCGUCCGAAUACAGUGCCUAAGAAAUUAUAAUAGUCAAGCUAAAAUCGAACAGUGUUAUAAAAAACUUCAUCAACAUCGUUGGUGUAAAUAACAGUUUGCUAUCAAAUAAAAUAUUGUUACUUUAUUUCGCGGCAUAGAAUAAAAUUCAAUUAUUUUAGCUUGAUUGAAAGAAAAUAUAAAGUAAAUGCCACAUGUAUUGUUCAUAAUCUAAUCCGAUAUUGUUACCUCGAUAAAUAAUUACAGAAUUGUAUUUCUUUCAUAUUUUGUGUUUACCUCUUUUUACUAUAAAUGAAGUAAAUCAAAACGUUGAUCUAAUUAGCGAACAGUAUGGUGCCUAAUGUAUGUUACGUCUUAAUCUCUACGGUGUAAAGACCGUUGGAAAAAAGAGCUUUGAGUUAUUAUUUAAGGGGUCAUAAGUCCAUUUUGAUAAUGUAGCGCGAUUAUCAUUUCAGUUAUGUUGUGUGCAAUAUUGAUAAAAUAAAAUAUAGAUUUUUAUUUCUCAGAAACAAAACUGAAAGAAUGUAUUAUUUGAAAGAAAAUUAAGAAAAAUAUUUAUACCCUACAUGGGUAGCAUGAAAAAGUGGGAAACGAUGGAUCAUUUUGUCACACCCAGUAAUCAUUUAAGAGAAAUUAAAGAGACUCCCCAGAAGUUUAAUUUAAAUCGAGUGCCGUAAUGAUUAAGAUUAAAAUUAAUGAAGCGAUAUUUAUUAUUUACAGAACUGGAACAAAGAAGGAUCUUACCUAAGUUAAGUUUCUGGUUUUCAAUGUUGGUUUUAAGCAUUUUAUAAUUUAAUAUUACAGUUUUAGUGUCUUACAUAUUUAUUAUUCUCAUAAAAAUAACGAACAAUCAGUUUAGAAUUCCGCUUUAGUAAAAUAUUUAAAGGAAUCCAUUAUACGAUUUUUCUGAGCUUCUGAAGUGAUGUCUCUUUGCCUAAUAAUAAUAAUAAUAGUAGAUAUGAAAAUUGUAUAAAUAUUAUAAUUUAAGAGAGAAUUUAUUUUAAUUUUAUUAAUAUUGCGAAGCGAAUGCUCAUGUAAAUACAAUGAUGUAGUGUAUAAAAUUCUAAUAUGUUAGUAAUACAGGAAAUUACAUAUUUA